AUGAAUGCAUCUAUCUAUCUAUCUAUCUAUCUAUCUAUCUAUCUAUCUAUCUAUCUAAUUGCAUUCCGGCAACCAACCCUUCUUUAUGCUAUGUACCAAACGAUGCUCACCAUAUACCUGAUGUUUCUGUCCAUUUACAGCGGGUUUGCCUCGAAACAUGGCGUCAAAGUAUUUAUUUACUUCACUUACUGGACCCUAUAUCUCAGCAGCUUGUAUCACCUUUUAAAAACCUACCACACGUGGCUUUUCCUUUACAAAUAUCGUGACAAUAAAGAAAAGCGUCCAACAGAACUGACGACAGGCAUCAAGAUACAAUGGGUGCUGUUCAAUAUCACCUCAAAUGGUGGUAUAAUCGUAGCCAUUCUAUUUUGGCUUGUUCUAUAUCAUCCGGGCAAGACAAUUGACUUCCUUGGCUUUAAUACACACGGUGUCCUGGCCAUCAUAAUUCUGACAGAUAUGUUCAUCAGUGCCAUGCCGGUACGUUUACUGCACGCUUGGAUGGGUUCUGUCUACGCGACGUUGUUCAGCAUCUUCUGUCUUCUUUAUUGGCAAGCUGGUGGCACCAACACGAAGCAUAAACCCUAUAUUUAUCCAAUCAUGGAUUUCUCAAAAAACUCUGGCACCGCCGUUCUCUGCAUAUUCGUACUGGUAUUUUUGACGGGCCCACUGCUACACACCGCACUCUAUGGCCUCUACUGUCUCAGACGGACUAUUUACAACAAAGCCGCACGCCAAAAAAACUCAAAUACACCGCACAAUACGAUCAUGUGUGAAGAAUGCGAACUGCAGUCAAAAGAGCCAAUCAGUGCAGUAUAA